ACAGUUUGGACCAGAACAUCAGCAAUGGUACAAGCCAGUCCUGACCCAGACUCUGACCCAUGAUGCACCUCUCCUCCGUCUCUCCGCUCGUCUCUCUUCUACAUCUCACGUUUUUGUUUUUUGCUCCCGUUGCCGUGGAGACAACAGUGAGGGGUUGCGUUGAUGGCAGGGACAAAGAUCACCGACCACUGAUUAACUGCACCUCAGCAGGUUACAGAGACGUGCCAUCGGGAAUCGAACCGACAACCAAGGUUUUGUUGUUUCCUCAAAACCAGUUCUCACACCCGUCCUGGACCUCUUUCACUGUUUUCACCGAGAUCCACGAGAUCGACCUCAGCAGAAACCAGAUUCCUUCCCUCACCCACAGUGAUGCUCCGAUCCUGCCCAGCCUCGCAGUGCUUCGUCUGGGCUUCAAUCAGCUCCGAGCGCUUCCUGAUCACUGCUUCUCUAGAAGUCCAGCUUUGACCGAGCUGUACCUCCAAAACAACCUGAUCUUUCUCUGGACUCAGUAA